AUGAACCGCCUACGCCCAGUUUGUCUGCGUAUCAUAACGGCCGUACCGCUUCUACCUGAAAGAUACUUUGACUCUGAACAGAAAAACAAGAAAGUGACGAAGAGUGGAAUGCGCAUAGCUGAAUUCAGGCAACAGCGUGGAGGCCGUGGUCGUGGCGGUGACCGUGGACGUGGUGGCCGAGGCGGUGGAUUCCGUGGAGGAGAUCGAGGUGGCCGUGGAGGUGGUUUCCGUGGCGGUGAUCGGGGUGGCUUCCGAGGAGGAGACCGAGGUGGCUUCCGUGGCGGCGAUCGUGGAGGAUUCCGCGGCGGCGAUCGAGGUGGCUUCCGUGGCGGCGAUCGUGGCGGCUUCCGAGGUGGUGACCGAGGCGGCUUCCGCGGUGGCGACAGGGGCGGAUUCCGUGGAGAUCGCGGCGGAGGCUUCAAGCGCAACUUCGACUCUCCAGCAGCCGGCGCUCAAAAUAAGAAGACCAAGUUCGAAGAU